ACUAUGAGAAACAAACCAGAUGGUCGUGGACCUGACCAUAUCCACAUUUCCUCAUAGGCCGCUCGCUUUCAGUUCCCCCAACUCAAUUCCUGGCCGCCUCAGCGCAUUCACAUCACAUGAUGGCAUGGGUUUAAUCCCAAAGCCUAUGCCACAAGAAGACGAAGAUGCCGCGCCAAUACUAGAAGAAGGAGAAGACGAAGACGAAGCAGAACCGCUGUGACAGAUUGAUGGCUGUGGCGAUUCUCGAGUAUUUCCACCCUCUUCGUAAUGGAUUCCAAUCUUGGCUCCACAGUUCCGGUGCCGAUUCCGGGAUUUGGUUUCUGGGCUAUGGCUGCGGAUGGGCUACUCUUCUUUCCCUUCUCCUUUUAACCCUUUUCCACUUUUCCAGGCGCCUUCUCUUCUUCCUCUUUGCUUCUUCCUCGCCUCAACCUUCUCCUCUCUCUGCCGCCACUCCUAAUCCGCUCUCGCCCUCUGGUUCUAACCCUGAAUCCAGAACGUCGGAGUUGGUAUCAGAAGCAGAUUUGAAGUUCUUGGUUAAAAAUCUGGAUGAGAUUGACGAGAGUGAGAGCUGGGAAGCUGUUAUAGAUAAGAGAAACAAUCUUCUACAUUAUAACGCAAAAUGCUGCAAGCCCAAGAACGCUCCUGUAAAGUACUUGAGCGUGACGGUUUUCGAGAACUGCACUCCUGAGCUGCUCAGGGACUUCUACAUGGAUAACAAUUACAGAAAGCAAUGGGACAAAACUGUAGUGGAACAUGAGCAACUCCAGCUAGAUCGGUCGAAUGGAACUGAAAUCGGUCGCACUAUUAAGAAGUUCCCACUUUUGACACCUAGGGAGUACAUUCUGGCAUGGAGACUAUGGGAAGGAAAUGAUAAAACGUAUUACUGCUUUAUUAAGGAAUGCGAACAUCCGUCAGCACCAUUACAGAGGAAGUGUGUGCGAGUCAGAUACUUUAGAUCUGGCUGGAGAAUUAGGAAAGUACCUGGUAGGGAUGCUUGUGAGAUCAAAAUGUAUCACCAAGAAGAUGCUGGUCUAAAUGUAGAAAUGGCGAAGUUGGCUUUUGCUAGGGGCAUAUGGAGUUACGUAUGUAAAAUGCAUGCUGCACUAUGCAAAUACCCGUCUAGUAGUCAACCAGGAAGUGAUCCUGCUACUGCACUCUCUCUGGUUCAGAAGAUUCCUUCUGGAAUCGAAACAACGGACAAUUUCAAGGGCACUCCUGAGAAUCCAACUGCACCUGCUGCUACUCUUGGCAUGAGUAUGAUGGGGAGUAGGAAGAGGAAAUUAGAGAGGCGGCAAUCAGGGAAAGUGGUGGCAAACGGGCUGCUUCUGGUUGGAGGAGUCAUCUGUCUAUCCCGUGGUAACUGUAGCCUGGGAGCUAAAGUUGCCAUGGGCUACCUCUUGACGAAACUUGGGAAACACAAUGCUCGUCAAUCAAUUGGCGAGAGCUAGUGAGUGAUCGUGACAGAGCAAUAAAAGAGAGUAUGAUACAUGUACCAGAUAGUGGCAGGGUUGUGAUUUUGUAUUUUUGUUUUGUUUUUGGGUUAAAUUGUUGCUUGAUGCCUCUCAUUCUUCUGUAUAGGCAAGGAAAAAUUAUACAAGAGAUGAUGAAAUUCCUUGUUGCUGAUAAACUGAUACUGCUGAUGCAGCUUCAGAAGUUAGCUUACAAUGGAAUAAAAGAAUUUGUAGAUGUAUUGUCCACUUCUCAUUAUAUCUUUGCAACGAGUUCUCAUUUGCUGGCUAGUGAGAAUAAGUUUUAGGUUUUCAAUGGAGUUAUCCAACAAGGCCAUAACG